AUUGUGACUGCGCUCAAAGCGCAAAAAUUGGAGUUUUCCAUAUGACCUUGUGUGUUUCCUAUUUUUCGUCUUUCGAAUGGCAAUACUCAACAAUUACUUUCCAGGAGUCUGUUUAGUUGGGCCAUACCACAUGUAACCAAAUGAAGUUCUUAUAAUAUGUGAGGAAUAACAAUCGAACAAGUUUGACAGUGUAUAUAACUGAAACAUGAGCAUUAUAAUAAGAAGAGUAAAUAUCCAUUCAUAUCAUGGAUGAAGUUUGUUCCACCCAACCUAUUGACUUUAUAAAUAAUGAUGUAAUCAAUAAACCAAUGGAUAAGGUUCCUGUUUUAAGUGUUCAUGUAUCUGAAAAGAAAAUUAUGGAAUAUCCACUUUUGAAAAAGUAUGUAACUAUUGGACGAGAUCCGAAAUGUGAUGUAUGCAUUAAAUCUUCAUUACUUUCAAGAGAACAUGCAAUAUUUGAAUUAGAUGAAAAUUAUAUUUGUACUGUAACAGAUCUUGGUUCAUUAAAUGGUACAAAACGUAAUGAUUUACACUUGAAACCUAAAAUAAGUUAUGAAUUAAGAGAUGGUGAUUGUUUAUAUUUUGGUGGGAUUUAUUGUACUUUAAAAUUUUGUCUCUCAUCGUCUACAUCAUUAUGUCUUGUUAAUCCACACCAUGGAGAUUCAAAGUCACUUGAACUAUCCUUACAGAAAACCAAUCAGGAUACAUCUUGUCAUCUUUAUCAUUCUCAAACAGAAAAUCAAUUAUCUGCUCAAUCGAAUUUUUCAACCAAACAAAAUGAUGAUAAUGAUAAUAACAAUGAUAGUGAUUGUUCAGUUUUUAGUGAACGUGUUUUAGCUGAAAUUGUUGUAAAUACUGGUGAAGUUUCACAUGAUUUAUUGCCAAAUCCGGAUCAUUUCAUUAAUAGCUAUUCACCUUCUUUAUCAAGUAGUACAGAUUCAGACGUUAAAAAAACUGAAAUGCACGAAAGUCCGUCGUCAGUUGAAAAUUGUAAACCUCGUGUACAUAAUAAAGAUGAUGUUCAUUUAGAAAGUGAAUCAAACCAAAAUUUAUUAACCACAGAAUCUGUCAGUAAAUCUAAAGGUUAUAUCAUUGAUGCUACUCCUUUGCAAUUAUUGAGUAAAUCAAUUAAAAAUAAUCUUUCAUCUAAUGAUGUUAUUCCUGCUACUCCUAUGGUCUUAACAAACAAAACAUCUUCAACUCCUUUAACAUACAAUCGAGUAAAUGUCCUACUUGCACGAGACUCUGAUCCAGGUUGUAUUGUUCAAUCAAUGGAUAAUCAUUUCGAAUUGACUAUUCGUUCGUCUACUUGUUUGUCUACUGAAGAGUCAGUAUUUACUAUUGAAGAGAGUGAUCUAAUGACAAGCAAUGCAGCUAAAAGCUUAGGUGAAACCAGCGGUCUUGGAAAAGAUGAAAUAAUUCUGAACAAGUCAAAUGUUGAUUUAAUUAAUAAUAAUAAUAAUGAGUUCGCUCCAAAUUUCGCUCGUGAAUCUACAGUUCAACCUGUGAAUCAAUCAGUAAUAAGUAAUGAUUCCUUACAGAUUGUAGUUGAUGAUAAUUACAGUUCAAGAAAAUCACGAAUAUUCAACGGCAUUUGUCCAGAAAAAGAAGAAAAGAUGCAGGUAGAAUCAACUAACUCAUGUACAACAACAACUACUCCUACUACUACCAUUAUCGACACCAAGAAAGAACAUUGUGACUUGAUCACUGUUAACAGUCAUGACAUUGUUUGUAAGAAUAUCACGGUAACUUUACAGCCAUUAGAAAAUCUUCAAAAUUUUAAUUGUGGCAUACAGAAUCAAGAUGAUCAAUUUCUUAAUAAUAGUAGUAUAUCUAACAAAGAUCAAAAUAUUCACAAUGAUUCAUCUUCUAAAACCGAUGGACAUAAUUCUUCAGAAAAGAAGGCUGAUAUUGUUUUCUCUCAAGAAUGGGGAUCGGAUAUAGUUCAUACUGAGAUUUUAUCUGAAAAAGUUCAAUAUAAUAAUCGUAAUAACUACAAUAUUAGGAAGAAAAAUACCGAAUCCAGUCGUUUUGCUUCAUCAGAAUGUAAUCUAUCGGGUACCGAUUAUAAAGUAAAUAAUAUCACAAAACAAAAACGGCGUAAUUUGAAGUCUAAAGAUCAACUAAGUAUGGAGAAAUCUGUUGAAAGUCCUUUACACGUUGAACAACAACAACGAUUAACUAUUUCAGAACUGGCAAAAACUGAUAUACCUCAGUCAACACUUUCGUCUAAGAGUGAUUUUACUAGCGAGCGAAUUCAAUUAACACCUGAUGAUAACGAUUGUAAACUUCGUCGUUACAUUGAACAUUGUUCAUUAUUUCGUUCCACCAGAUCAACUCGAAAUAGACCCUCUGAACGUGUCACUAAUUGUAUUUUACCAGGUUCUUUAGGUACUGUAAAGUUUCGUAGUCGAAAAAAUAAACAAAACUCCACAUCAGUUAUUUCAUCAAUUCAUUUAGAUAGUCCUAAUUCAGAUACAGAACUACAAGAUUGGAAAUGUUCAUGGUCUCUUAUAAAUCAUGAUAAUGAUAUCAAUUGCAAUAGUAAAAAAGUUAAUAAUCAAUCAAAUUAUAAUCGACGUCGUGCACCACAUAUUCCUAGUCCAUUACAUUUAUCAGGAAGUAUUCUAAGCGAAGAACCUUCUCAAUUAUUUGAUGAAAAAUUAGAACAAACGAAAAAUGAAUCAAAUGUUUCUCCAUCGAAAACAAAUAAUUCAUCAAUCAAAACCACCAACAACGAUAUCCAUAGAAAUAAAUCUUGUAUUUUAGAAUCUGCUGUCAAAUUAGCUGGUUUUGAUGAAUCACCGGAAAAUGAUCCUUUAGUGAAGAAUACAUUAAAUAUUGGCGAACUCCUAUCUCUACCAUCAUUUACUGAUCUUACACCUAAUUCGUUGAAUGCUAAAAUUUGUAUCCAAGCGAAAAGUAGCAAUGAACAACAACAGUUUAGUCCACUGCUUCCUACUUCUACUUUACCAAUAACAUCGUUGUCUGAUGAAUAUACAUCACCUGUUUUAAAGAAACCUAAAAGAAACCUGAGAAAUUCAUGUACAACUAGAAAAAAUGCAUUCACAUCACUUACUACUAGUUCAAUUACCAAUAAUGAUGUUGAUGAUGACAGUAAAGAGUAUCUGGUGCACAAAAAUGCUAAUAACAAUAAUAAGGUAGGUAGAACUAGGAGAACAUUAUCAUCUAUACCUAAAAAAGAUAAUUUAUCAUUGCCUACAGAUAAAACAAUUAGACAUAAUUCUAGAAAGUCAAAACUUGAAGUGAAUAAUAACUCUUCGAAAUUACCUACUCGACGGUCUACACGACUUAAUGUACAAUCUGAUGGAAUUUGUAAUAAAGCUCCACUAGCGGUUGCUUCAACGUUGCAGCAGCAUAUCCGACCUGUUGUGAGUAUUCAAGAAGAUAGCUGUAGUAGUAGUAGUAGUAGUAGAAGGAUUAGGAGUAGUGCUUUAAUCAAUUUAAAUCAAGAAAAUCCCACAAAAAACCAACAAAAACGACGGAUGACAACAUCUACAAAUGAAUCUAAAGGAAAAAAUCUUAAAAUAUCAAAUACUGAUUUCAAUAAUACUUCCUCAACAUCUACUGGAUCAUCAAAAACCAACACCACUAAUUCCAUUCAAUUAAUAUUCAGUGGUGUUGAAUCUUCAAGUUAUUCAAACAUUCUAAAGAAAUUGAAUGCAUUUGAAACGGAAGAUCCUACACUUGCUGAUUAUUUAAUUACUGAUCAAAUUAAACGUACCUUAAAAGUACUAUAUGCUAGAGCACGGGGUAUACCAAUUAUUUCAGUAGAAUGGUUGAAAGCAUGUAAACAAUCUCGUAAAGGUUCGAAUCCCGAUCCACUUAAUUUCAAAUUACAUUAUUAUAAUACACAAUCUAUACAGACUACAGUUUCAAGUAGACAAUCUACACGUCUUUCCUCAUUUAUGAGAUUAUCUGAAAAUGAACAGAAAAAUCAAUUUGAAGAAACAAAUAAAUUCUUAUGUGGUUGGUCUUUUUGUUCAACACCAAAUGUUUUACCAUCUUCUAUGGAUUUACAGAAACUUACAGAAUUUGCUGGUGGUUAUUGGAUGUCUGAUGAAGAUUUAUGUAAUGUCAUGACGAAUUUAGAUGAUUCACCUAUUAAAUCAGUUAUUAUCACAACUAAAGAAGAAUAUCAUUCCAUGUUAUUGUUGAAUUCGAAGCCAUCUUGUAAAACUUCUCGACUUUCAAAAAAUUCAAAAGAAUUUAAACAAAUCAGUCCAAUUUCACGCGCUUUAUCAUCAUUACUUACAGUAUCUACUGAUUGGUUCUUACAGACUAUUAUGAAUCGUAAACCUCCAAUUUGGCCUAUUGAUUCACAAUAUAAAAUACAAUGAAUAUAACUCUCAUGCUCGUAGAGGAAACAGUCUCAUUAGACGGAAUUCGAUGUACAUGAUCAAUCCAGUACUACCUACUACUACUAAUAAUAAUAAUACUUAAAAUGAUCAUUGAUCUAUGCCUAACUUUUCUCACAAUUUUAAUUUACCCAACUGUCGAUUUUUCCCCGAAAACAAAACAAAGUUAUUAAUUAUUGUUCAUUUAUUUUGUAAAUAAUUUGUCUAAUUUUCAUUGAAAUCAUGAAUCGAUCUAAGUUAGAUCAUCAUUAAAAAUUGGAAAGUACUGGAACGCCGUUUCGUCCUAGUAUGAGACUCCUCAAUGGUGAACAUCUAUUAUUCCAUAGGCACGAUUUGAAUCCAGUGGUAAUCUAAUUUAGAUUGGUUUUUGAUUUCAAUGAAAUUCUACAACGUUCACGACCUCAUACUGAAAACCGGUUACUUUUGUUUAUUGUAUUCUCAAAUACCUGUUUGAUCGUAUACUUUGUUGUUUAUGGAUUUAAUAAAUCAAUGAAUUGUUUUGUUUUAUUUUCUUUGAAUAAAGGUUCAUAAUUUAUUUUUAAUUUUCAAACUUAUAAAUAGACUUGGCUCGGACAUUCCGAUUGCUUGUACACUGACAACUGAUACGUCUUCUUGUAGUGAACAGGAACACGGGUUGGGACAAUCCAAUGUAUUUAAGCAAAAAUUACAAACUAUCUUACUUAAUCCUGAUAACCAUACAGUAAACAAUCAAUUUGCAAAUUAAUAACCAAUUGU